AUGGAUGGGCCUAAACUAAAUUUAAACAACCUUCCACCAAAUAUUGAUGCGAAAGACGUCCUUGCAAGUUUGAAAUCGCUAGCUGGGUCACAGGAACGGGCGAGGGACGAGGUCGGACACAGAAUCACUCUCAUCCCCCGCAGUAAAUGGGGGGCGUUACCCCCCUCCAGUACGACCCCCCUCCCUAACCCCAUCAACACAGUGGUGUUCGCCUACAACACUGAGCAGCCUGUGUGCACCACAGAGGAAGAAUGCUGUGCGGCGAUGAAGCAGAUGCAGCUUAAGCACAUGCAGAAGGGGCUGUCCGAUAUAUAUUACAAUUUCUGUGUUGGCGGAGACAAUGCUAUGUAUGAGGGUCGAGGGUGGACCACGCUACACUCAAAGGAGGCGACUUUCCUUAAGAGAAAUCUACCCCUUGGCAACUGCCUGGUAAUUGGAGUCAUAGGAGAUGGCAAAACUGACAUCGAUUGGAGGCCAGAGUACGAGUUAGUUGCACCAGCCAUGAGGAUGAUAAACCAAGCUAUCAAAGAAGGGAAGAUCAUAGAAACCCACAACACCAUUGAGGAGAACGAGCUAAUCAAGGAAUGCAGUGGUUCUGGCUGCUAA